ACCGAGGUCAGAGACUUGAGUCUAAGACACAGAGUAUAUCAUGUUGAAGAUGAGUGGGUGGCAGCGACAGAGCCAAAAUCAGAGCCGGAAUCUGAGGAGAGAGUGUUCCAGAAGGAAGUGUAUCUUCAUACAUCACCACACCUGAAAGCAGAGCCUGAUCCAGCUGCAGUGAUGGCAGCCGAGUCUUUGCCUUUCUCCUUCGGGACACUGUCCAGCUGGGAACUGGAAGCCUGGUAUGAAGACCUGCAGGAGGUGUUGUCCUCAGAUGAAAAUAGGGGUGCCUAUAUUUCACCCUCUGGAAAUGAGGAAGAAGCAAAAACUUUCACCACUCUUGAUCCUGCCUCUCUGGCUUGGCUGACUGAGGAGCCAGGGCCAGCAGAGGUCACAAGCACCUCCCAGAGCCCUCGCUCUCCAGAUUCCAGUCAGAGCUCCCUGGCUCAGGAGGAGGAAGAGGAAGACCAAGGAAUACCCAGGAAACGGAAACGGAGUGGUCAGUCCCCAGCCCGGGCUGGAAAGCAACGCAUGAAGGAUAAAGAACAAGAGAAUGAAAGGAAAGUGGCACAGCUAGCUGAAGAGAAUGAACGGCUCAAGCAGGAAAUCGAGCGUCUGACCAGAGAAGUGGAGGUGACUCGCCAAGCUCUAAUUGACCGAAUGGUCAGUCUGCACCAAGCAUGAACAUUUGGGACCACUACUUCCCCCUUAGGCCAGUACCAUCUCUUCCCAGAAGUGGCUACUAACAACCUUCUCACCAGUGUCAAUGAUGUGACCCUCAACCCCAUACCUCAGUAGGGGGAAAGCUUGGGGUAGACAACAAGAAAGGGUCUCGGUAUGUAUAUAGAGAUUACAUAUUUAUUUAUUACUGUCCAUAUCCAUUAAAGUGACUAUGAGCCAAGUUCACUUUCACUUUUUCUU